AAACUUGAAGUCCAGGCAACGAAAAGUCGCCUCCAGCCCGCCACCCGCCCGCAUUAUUCCCUCCAUUGCCCAAAGAACACAAACAUCUUCCAAACGACACAUGCAAAUUACGAAAGACAACCUAGGCUCUGUCUGUCUCUUUAAAUUACAGGUUUUUUUUUUGUUUUUUGCUGUCUGAGUUGAUAAAAAAAUAAACAGAGAGAAAAAUUGUGGGGUGGCAAUGAUGGAGGAAAUAGGAGGAGGAGGAGGAGGAGAAGUGUGUGUGUCAAGAUCAGUGAUGGAAAUAUAGAGAGGAAUAAUGAAUUGGUUACGGUUUAUAACCAAGUUGUUUUUACAGGUUUUAAUAGGGACUCCUCAAUUUUUUCUUUCUUAUAUUUGUUUCGCAUUUCCUCUUCUUUCCUCUUCUUCUUCUUUUAAGCCCUUGCCUAUUGUUGAAAUUCCUCUGCGAGAAACCACGUCAAAAAAGAUCACAGACACGGCCCAUGAUAGCACCUGUGUUCCUGAUGAUGUUAGCAAUUCUGGUGCUAGUGAUGAUUCCCCCACUGAAAAGCUCACUGUGGUGCUUGACCUGGAUGAAACUCUAGUUUGUGCAUAUGAGACUUCUAGCUUGCCACCCAUUAUUCGCACCCGAGCAGUAGAAGCAGGGGUGAAAUGUUUUGAAUUGGAAUGUUUCUCUUCAGAGAAGGAUGUUGAAGGAAAACCAGAAAUUAAUCAUGUGACAGUGUUUGAAAGACCUGGUUUGAAAGAGUUCUUGAAACAGAUUGGUGAAUUUGCAGAUUUGAUUUUGUUUACUGCUGGUAUUGAAGGUUACGCCAGUCCACUCUUUGACAGGAUAGAUGUGGAGAACCAAUUUAGUCAACGUCUUUUUCGACCUUCAACUGUUAGCACGGAAUAUCGAGAACUUGUGAAGGAUCUGUCAUGUUUAUCAAAGGAUCUCUCUCGAGUUGUGAUUGUUGACAACAACCCAUUCAGUUUCUUGCUACAGCCAUUGAAUGGAAUCCCAUGUGUUCCGUUCUCUGCUGGACUGCCAUAUGAUGACCAGCUUUUGGAUGUCCUCCUUCCACUCCUCAAAAACCUAUCCCUGCAAAAGGAUGUUAGGCCUGUACUUCACAAGAGGUUCCACAUGCCUGAAUGGUUUCAAAUGCAUGGCAUUCCUGCUUCUGCUUUGACAGUGUGAGAACAAUGCACGAUAACUCUGUUUCUUGGAUAGGCACCUGAGCAAACACACCUUCAUGGUAGCAUUUUGCUAAAAUUAAUUGCCAUUUCAUGUAUUAAUACCCUGGUCAUGAUAAAAAAAAAAAAAUUGAAUUCCUGAGCAAAUACAUGGUAUUCUUUUGAGGAGCCUGCAAUAGUACAUAACUGGAGAGAAAAAAAAAAGAACAAGAAGAUGCGCAGCUGCAGGUUUAAUAUGAUUGAGCAAACUCUAAUUCUUUUGUAAUUAGGUAUAGUGGGCUCUGGUCUUGUAUAAACACUGUGGAAUGACUAGUUAUGAUUCUUUCUGCUGUU